AUUCAAAAUAAUGUCUUUGCUUCAACUCACGGAUCAGAUAUGUUCCCUCACCAACACCGCCAACUUCCUCCUCAACCGCACUUCCUCCUCUACCAUCCGCAAAACGCAGCUUCUUGGCGUCGUUUUCGAGGACCUGAUUUGCGUUUCCAAUUCCAACUCCGUUUUGUUCCCUUACUUUCUCAUCCUCUGCGCCUCGAGAAAAUGUACAUCGUUCUCCACAAGAUCAAAACGCUAAUUGAAGAUUGCUCCAAUGGAAGAAACAAGUUCAAUCUGGUCGUGCAAAUCGAAACCGUCGUUGACACCUUCCACAGGCUCACCGGAGAACUUUCCACGCUCCUCGAUGUUUUCCCUCUCCAAGAACUCCACCUAAACGGCAACGUUCAGGAACUCGUUAUCCUCUUGCGAAAACAGUGCUCUGAAUCCAUACCGUUUGUCGGAGCCGAACAGAUUUCUUGUCAGAUGGAGAUGGUUGGGAGGAUUAGGCACGACAAUGUGACUGCACUAAGAGCAUAUUACUAUUCAAAGGAGGAGAAACUUAUGGUGUAUGAUUACUACGAACAGGACAGUGUCUCUUUAAUGUUGCAUACUUUGGCGGUUCUACUGGACUUCCUUCUACAGAUUACUGCCUUUGUAGCUUUGGUUACAUUAGACUUUAAUGCUUCAACAUGAAAGGACUCUCAUGUAAUGAAACAUCAAACAUGUUAAGGAUAUAAUUCACUCUUAAGUAUCCACCUUUUAAGUUGUAAAUUAAACUUUUACUUUUAAAUUGAUGCUCAAUAAUUGUUUAUAUAUCUAACAUUUCCAUUAAAGAAUAAUCAUGAAUUAUUUUCAGCUUCUGUUGGUAUUUUGUAUUUUAAACUUUUUUCUCUCCUUGUUUAUAUAUGGUUCUAAUCAUAUCCUAA